AUGGUCCUCGGUCUGGUAUUUGAUUCUUUUUCCAUAUGCGGAUGUUACCUCUGUCGUUGUCCAAUCUCUGCGCCACCGCCUGUUUGGAAGGUUGCCAAUAAGAUGAUCAGUGAUUCGGUGCCGAGAAAAGCUCGGUCAGCAUCCACAAAGUGGUCUCACGAGUCGAUAUCUGGUGGUGUAGUUGUUGGUGGAGGGGGGUACAAAGCACAUUCAUCGUUAAUCCUUGACUUCACUUGUAAGGCUUGGUUUGACAGCCACCUCACCGGCGUCGGUGGCUCCUCCAUCGCCUUCCUCUUCCAAUGUUUCAGGGAAAAUCACAACAUAUUGGAAUCACAUAAGAAUGGAAUGCCAAUUCCAUUGAAAAUGAGGUGGGAAUAUUACAAAAGAGAAGAUGGAAAUGAUGCAAGAGGAAGCACAACAACAAGACCUGUCACGAGAUCAAAAUCCCGGGGCAUAUCAAGUUUGGUAUCAGAGCCGCUCAUGAUGUCGACAAAACAAGAAGAGCUGAUGAAGAAAUUAGAAGCGUUCAUGAUCCAACAAACACAAAGCAACAAUGAUUUGAAGACAAGCACCAAUGAUUUAAAGGCGGCUAUGACAGCCUUGCAGACUAAGCAAGCAAUAGUGGAAGAGGGAUUGGGACGUGGCGCCACCUUUGGUGCCAAUCCAAACAGUAAGUUUUCGUACCUAGGAGGCUGGGCUGGAAGAGGUAGGGGUUUGACCCAAGAUGGAGCAGGAAGAGGAUCGAGCAAGGUUUUUGAUUCAUGGCGGACAGCCGAAUCCCUUCCUUUCAAACACAAUUGGGACUCCCUCAAACUGGAAGGGUCAAACAGAAGGGAUCAUGGGGCAUCAAAAGACUAG